CAUGAGCAGACAUCUCCGGGGGUGACCCUCACCGACCACCUCAUCACUAUGAGGAACCUGCCUCGGCUGGUGGAGCCCCCGCACCCACAGAGCCGAUCCACGGAGCCGGUGUCCCCCUCGACCGUCCGCUUGGACUGGGAGAACAUCUGUGCUAUUGGGAGACUCCAGAGCCUGUGGGAGAUUCACAGCCUCUACCUGCAGCAGAACCACAUUUAGAAGAUCGAGAAGAAGAUCGAGAAUCUGGGCUGCUUUCCCAACCUGCGAUUCCUCUCCCUGGCUGGAAAUCGCAUCCGCAGAGUGGAGAACCUGCAGCCCCUGCUACACCUGCGCGUCCUGGACUUGUCCCACAACCAGAUACAGACGCUGGACCCAGGAAACGAAUGCACCCACCAGCACGGAUACAGAGAGCUGGUGAUAGGAGCCCUGCCCCACCUCCUGCAGCUGGAUGCCCAGCAGGUCCGUGGCAGCAUGGGCGAGGAAGAGGAGGAAGGAGGCUCUUCCAGCAGUGAGGACGAAGAUGACGAGUCGCUCUCUGAGCCGAGCGGCCCUUUCACUGCAGGCAAAGAUUUCUUUGUGGAUCUGCACCGGGAGCUGGCCGGGCGCUCGCGGCGGAGGCGGAGGGAGGCCCUGAAGGAACACCGGACCCGUCUGGAAGAGCUGGAGGAGCUGCGGGAGCGUCGGGGUCUGCUGCUGCCUCCCGCACCGCUGAGCCCAGGCAGGGAGGGAGCAGCCUGCAUCACAGCCCCAGGCCCCAAGCGGUCUCAGCCCCGUCCCCAAGCGAAGCCGGGGACGCAGCUGCCACCCCUGCCGGGACCUGGUGGGCAGCACGCCUGCCCACAGCCCCAGCGAGCUCCUGGCAGGAGCCAGCCCCGGACCAAGGCUCUGGAGGAGGAAGCUCGCGCCAAAGGAGCAAGAAAUAGGCAGUUACCCCAAAUACCCCGCACCAGCACGGCACCGCGCAGUUAG